ACGAGGUCUGAGUGCUUCAGUCAGAUGAUCAUCGCAUAGGAUAUUUUAAAGCUAAUGUUAGCUGCCGCGAGCUGAGCACCGAGAGAGAUCGACGGAAUCCGGCGGACGCGGUGCUAGUAUGCAGCUAAAAGGGUUUCCCUAGUAAUCGGAUGACAGCACUCCGAGCAAUCGAAGGAAAACUUUCGAGUUCGCUUUAAACGGUGGGCUUGUAGUAAGGGGUCGUGCGGCUGUCAGGGGUCCCUCCUGCGCAUCGGCGAAGGCCGGUGUCAACCGACAAGCUGUGGCUGUUAAAAUGACUCGCAUCCUGCUGAUGCUGACACACGUGCAGGCGAACUGCAUCGAUUAAAAACCAUUGUGACUGGGUCGGUUCACUCGGAACUCAUCUAUAACCUGGGGUCGACUGCAAAGGAAGGCGCAGUGACUCGUUCAUGAGGCGUGUUUGGGUCCUGCGUACUCGAGCUCCACAGUCCCACACAGGGAGAGCUGAAUCUGUGCUGCGCCGCUCCAUUUAUUCGCCUAUACGCUCUUUUCAUGUAUGGAUGGAUGUUUGCAUGCUUUGACAGAGAGCUGCGUGCAUCGUUGCAGUUGGCACAGCGCAUCCCAAGGAGGGGCUGUUACUCUAGGAAUCAUAGGUUGGAUCCGUUGAAGUUUUUUGUGGAGGCCCUAAGAACUUUGCGUAAGGCUGCAGCGUACGCUACGUCUUUUUGAAGGCAAAAACAAACAGUCGGGUGACUUUGCAGUCUCUCUCGGAGAGAUCUAACGUAAGCUCCGUAAUUGCGUCUUUCAAAAAAUAGGGAAGGUGGAGCAUUGUCCGUCUUACGUGCUGACGCAGUGGGAUUUCUACUUGUGGUCGGCGUUUCGCCCCGCCCUUCCCGCGGUGACGGUGAUGGGUCGGAAGCGGUGUGUCGGUGCAGAUUGUUCGAAGAUGGCGGCCGGGUGCUGCGGGGUGAAGAAGCAGAAGUUGUCGGGAUCUCCCGGGGCGGGGGGUCCCGGCGGGUUGGGGAGCGGUUUAGCCGGGACCGGACAUUGUGGCUCGGAAUUGGGGAUCGGGUCCUCGUCGGCCGUCGUGGCCGGGAACGUGAACCGAGUUAACGGCCUAGGGGGUCCGGGGGGUAGCGGUUGUAGCAGCAGCAACAACACCAAUGCUCUGUCCCCAACUCCGGGAGGCUAUUCCAACGGCCUCUCCCCGAACCUCAGUACCGGCUCGGGAAGUGGAGCCAGGAAAAUGGUUGUUUCGGCGGAGAUGUGUUGCUUCUGUUUCGACGUGCUUUAUUGCCAUCUUUAUGGAUACCAGCCUCCUCGAACACCCAGGUUUACAAACGACCCCUACCCACUGUUUGUCACAUGGAAGAUCGGCCGAGACAAGCGGUUGAGGGGUUGUAUAGGUACAUUUUCUGCCAUGAACCUGCACUCAGGACUCAGGGAGUACACUCUUACCAGUGCCCUUAAAGACAGCCGCUUUCCCCCCAUGACGAGGGACGAGCUGCCCCGUCUCUUCUGCUCAGUGUCUCUGCUCACCAACUUUGAGGAUGUUGGUGAUUACCUAGACUGGGAGGUGGGUGUUCAUGGAAUUAGGAUAGAAUUUUUUAAUGAAAAAGGAUCAAAGCGCACCGCCACCUACCUGCCAGAGGUUGCAAAGGAGCAAGGAUGGGACCACAUUCAGACCAUAGAUUCCUUACUUCGAAAGGGAGGUUUUAAAGCUCCCAUCACAAAUGACUUCAGGAAGACUAUUAAAUUGACCAGGUACCGAAGUGAAAAGAUGACGAUGAGCUACGCAGAAUACAUCGGCCAUCGGCAGCACCAUCACUACCAGAAUGGCAUCGGGCACCCUCUCCCUCCUUACAACCAUUAUUCCUGACAGCGAGCCGCAUGACCAGUCACUGGACCUCUCCGCGGACCUCUUUCCAGGAGAGCCCACCCCCUCAUGGUCUAGCUAUCUCUACUACUGUACCAUUUUAUGAUGAUAGUUUCCGUUGCCAUGUCGACAGCUUGAUGGCGGCAUGGCAGCGGGUGGCAAAUAAGUGAUUAUGAAACACUAAAAAAAUAUAUAUAAUUCAUUUAUUUUCAUUCAUAUAUUCUUUGUAUUUAGUUUUGCAGCAUAUAUAUUGACAUAUAACCCCCUCCCUUGUUUGUUUUUUUUAAAGCAAAUAAACAAGUACUAAGUUUUGUUUUAUCCAAACUAAAAAAAUUUCAACCAAUUUCCUAAUCAGGUGUUUGAGUCUGUGGAUGGAAAUAAGUAAUAUUAAUGAUGGGCUUGUCUUGAAGAUAGGAUACUUUGUUCAGAGUUUGCUUGAUUUAUUUGCCGCAGUUUUGUUUCUCGACAAAAUCUUUUUUCCUUUGAUCGUUUCUCAUUAGGUUUUGUUGAUAAGUAGGCGAGCGCAGGGUUCGAGGGAUUCUCUGUCCUCUCUGUGCGAUUCCUCUAAUAUUUUGCUUUCUAUAGGGGUGUUUUCUGUUUUUAUUGUGAGUGUUAUUUUUGUGUGGUGUGCGACUGAGUUGGCCAAAAAAGAACUAGUUAAAUCAGUCAAAUGUUAGUUUUUUCACCAUCACGUAGACGGACUUAGAAGAUCGAAACCACUAGAUUAAAUUAGCUAUUGGGUGCGGCAGACUAUUUCCCAUAAUGCGAAUGAGUGCGGCUCUUAGCAUUAUCAAAGCUGCCUUGAAUUGAAUUGACUUAAACAGUCAGUUUGCCCUUUUUUGUGUAGUGUUAAUAUAAUAACAAGAAGCAUAUAAAUCUGUUAUGUCCUGUGAUGUAUUAUUUUUGGUGUUGCUCACAAGAGCUGUGGUUAGUCUUUCCGGUUCAGCGUAACAGUAAUAGGUUAAGACACCUCUGGUCAAAGGAAUGUCACUUGCUUCUAUUUCAGCACACAGAGAGGAAAAACUUAGCAAGACUACGGACAAAUGACAGGUCCAAGCCAAAAAAAGCCAUACUCUUUUUAAUGCAUGCUGUGGCAGGGUGUUUGCUCCAAAUGGCUGUUUUUAUUUCAUUUGUCCUCUGGUCUGUUGACCUGGCACUGAAGUAGUCACUCCUGCUGUUAGGGAGGGGUUUUCAGAACAUACAUUUUUUUUUAAAUGAUUUUUUUUAUGAUCUGGUCUUGUGGAGAAAUCAGAUCAGGUUUUACUUGCGUGUCUCUACUUAAUGGAAAAGUUCACGCAAAAUUGAAAGUGCUGUCAUCAUGUACUCACUGUCAUGUGAUUCCAAACCCAAAUUACUUCCAUUGAACUAAGUCGGGUUUGGAGGAAACAAAGACAGAAUUUAUUUUUGGGUGAACUAUCCCUCUAAGAUCAUUAUAGCUGAGCUGAAUUGAGAUCCGUGUAAUUCUUUUAGACAUUAGCUCAGUUUUGAAACUGUCAACACAUACCACGUAUCACCUCAUCAUGCUUGGAGUUAACAAUGUUAAAGUCCCCCUAUAAAUGACACAUCUGAACAGUUGCCAUAAUCGAAGAUUGACCUCGAGUCGAGUAGAUACCACUUCUGUGGUUGCCACUGAACUCCUCAACAUCUUGAAGCUAGUUUAGAUCAUGUUGUCUCUGCAAUAUCACACCAGACAGUUCAUUUAUAAAGAACGGUUGUGGCUGUUUUCAUAGAUCUCUCACUGGCUAUUCAACGUUGGAUCCACCUUUAAGUAAAACUGGAUUACGAUGCUGUCUUCAUUUCAUAAAGCUAUUAUAAGAACUAUUUUCUUCUAAGGACCAGGCUGUAGACUGAAUAUAUUGAGUGUCCACACUAAUACAUUUUCGUUUGAAAACACCGAUUUUUGCUACAUUUAUGACUCAUUCACACUAAAAUGCAUUUAUAAUCGAAAACGCUCUCCAUAACUGCAUACUUUGGAAUACAAUGAUGAUUUCAAAUGAAAACAGAAUAUUGUGGAUGUGGCUACAGUGUGAAGAUGCAGUGGACUAUAUUUUGAAGGAAGCUUUAUUACUACUACAAGGAAGAAAUGUAGAGGCGCUCUCGACAUCCGAGAUCUUUUUCCAUCUUUUUUCAUAUGCAAAAUUUUAAGGGCUUUCGGUGUUCCAUCCACAGUCAUUCUCCAACUUACCAAAACAAAAAAAAACAAAAAACUGAUUUCAGUUGUGUUGCCUUAAAAAUGGUUAUAACGUGGAACAAGAAAUGUCACUCUGAAUGCUCAACUAUUUGCGAGUCUUUCCGUUUGACACCAAUUCAUUUUGGUGUAAUACGUCGUUAAGGCUCUGAGCGAUUGAAUAUAACCGACAAGUGAUUUAGAUUUCCUUUUAGCAAGGCCUUCCACUGCCCAGUUGCAACCGUUUUAUUAUUUAUCUAAAAUCCCAUCUACUUUAUGAAAAAUGUGGUGAUGUUGGUUUUGUAAAUACCCUUUAAAUGACUUUUUGCCACUUUAUGGCCUCAGUUUUGAACUGCUGCUUUUUAUUGUCAUAUAGUUGACCAAUCAGAGCUUUGUUUUCUGGUCCACAAAAAAAAAUGAAAAAUGUUCUGCUGCAAAACCAACCAAGUCUUUGCAUUUGUUAGAACUUAUCUAUACACAUUUGCAAUACAUCUGUUGCAUGUAUGAACAGGAGGCCACCUGUAAAAAACAAAACAAAAAAAAAUCAUGGCAUGCCCGUUUCACUGCUAUGUAGGUAUGUGAGAAAAUUGACUAUAUAAAAUGGUGCUAUUAGACCCAAUGUUGGGGGUGGUCGCAGUAAAUGUGACUGGUCAUGCGGACUCAUCGAUCAUAUCAGACUUUAUUAUUAUCCUCGAUAUAUGCAGAUCUGUUUUACAGGUGUUUUUUUUGUUUCUACCAGUGUAACGAAAUCUCCUGCAGGUUUGAAAGGACAUGGAGUCACAAGUCUAACCCCAUCUUUCCCUCAUGGCCUGGGGGAUACGGGCAUAUGCUUCUCAUCUCAUCUGUUGUGGAUAGGACUGUCAAAUGUCCUCUCUUGUUCAUGUGCAUUGCCAUUUUGAAGUAUGGCUGGCUUUGAAAGGGAUAGUUCACCUAAAAAUGAAAAUUCGCUCAUUUCCCCAGGACCAAAAUUACAGUGAUAAUGAUGGCCAUGUGUUAAAAGUACAAAAUUAACUUUUCUGUCCCAACGUUCUGUUCAAAUAUAAUUAGUUUCUUUUGUUGCGGGCAACAUUAUAUAGGUGAUUCUCACGAAAACCUGUCAAGAAAAUGCCGUUGUCAUAUAUGUCAAAAUUCUAAAGAAAGUAAAAAAUAGGCUUCAUUUUCUGGAUGCAAAAUAUAAUUUUUAUGACCAUUUUUCACAUUGUGACAUUAUUUGCAUGACCUUUACUUGCAUUUUACACCCUAUUCUCAUUACCACAAUGUGAAAUGUUUAUAUAUAAAUAUAAAUAUAUAUAAAUCUCCCUUGGUAAUGCCUUUCAUUUUGAUGAUUUGAAAAAAAAUGUUUUUAUAGUACUACAGAAUUAGUUUUUUUUAUUAUUAUUGGAAAGGUAAUGAGAAGCAUCAUUAAAAACAUUGAGAAUAUUAAAGAUUUCUGGAUCACUGUAAAUGGUGGGAAAAGGAAAACGUCCAGAUGUGUUAUGGUAAUGAGUCAUAACUGAAAACAAUGGGAAUAGUAAACAAUAUAAUGUCUGGAUCAUUACGGUAAUGAAAAUCAUCAGGGAAAAUAAUGGGAAUAGUUAGUCAAAUGUCCAGAUGUGUUACGGUAAGAAAAACAGAACUAAUAACACUGGGAAUAGUAAAAGUGAAACUUCUGGAUGCAUUUUUUACCGGAAACAAUGUUAAUUGUAAAAGUAAAACAUCCCAACGUUGCAGUAAUGAAAAUUGGAGAUAAAAUGUCAAAAACUCUUAACGGUCCUAAAUGCAGGCUUCGUUUUAUUGACAGGUUUCCUGAAAAUAAACCAAAUGCAUAUGUUUAUUUAUCUCAAUGUUAUCUGAUAUAUGCACACUUAUGUAAGUUUCAAGUUGGAUACUUCAAAGUAUUCGCUGAUUUUCAGAGUAGUCCACUUUGAAAAUGUACUUUGGGGAAAUUGGCAUACUUUCAUCCCUGGCAUCAGAGAGAGUUUCACAUUUGCAACUGAGUGAACGCACAUUUGAACACUAAAGACAUUUCGAUUACAGCACCUAUCUUGCAGUAAUAUUGUUCAAAGAUAAGUUGAAAGUGUGUUCGUUUGUGGCCAUUUCUUGUACAAAACCUAUUUUUGCUUCAAGUGUGACCCAGUCCACCAUUUUCCGUUAUGAACACAACUGGAAUUAGUAUUUGAUAUUUACUCAUUUUAGGCAUAAACAUUGGGUUCUAACCAACAUGCGAGCGUCGUGCUCGCCAUCAAACCUGUAGUCGUUUAGACUGUGUUAGGCUCAUGUUACCGUUUUGUGUUCAACCGAACCAAAGAUGCCUCCAGCCAUGUCCAAAUGCUGCUCUACAGACCUGCCUUCCUGUCCUUCCAAAAACCUUUCCUGCAAGAGAAAUGUAUUUUUGAUUUCUGUGUAUUUGUUUUCCUCUUAAUUUUAUUUUAUACAAUUUCUACUAUUGUUUUAGGUUUUUAGCAACUUAACUUCAAUGAAUUUUCAUUGUAGCUGUCUUUGAGACCUCACAUGGUGUCAAAUUGACUAUAAUACUAGGUUGCACAUUUUUUAUUUUGUUUUUCAUCAUUGUUAUUAUUAUAUAUUUUUGUAAAGAGAGAAAACCCCAUAGCGUGCCUCUUAGAUUUAUGGGUUUCUUAAAGGUGUUUUUUUCCUAAGACCAGCAGUUAUACUUUAUACAAAAGAUGCGUCAAUCCUUAUUUUUUAAUGCCAUGUAAAGAGAAAAAUAAAGCCUCUUUUCUUUACUCUGGACCCAGUAGCUGCACUGGCCUACAAUCACACUGAUCUAUAUAUAUAUAUAAAUAAUUAUGAUGAUGAUAAAAAUAAUAAAUGACAUAAGAACUACAAUAAACUUGUUUGAAAACUUUUGUAAAAAAACAAAAACAACAAAAACAAUAUAGCAACAACAACAACAAAAAAAGUAAACACAAUGACUGUUUUUGUACAUCGAGUUGUUUCUUUUCAAAAUCAAUUUUGGACCUAGUUUCUAAAUUAUUUUAGUGGUUUUCUAUGUUCUGGAAGAGUGAAAAAAAAAAAGUAGUAGUUUUGAAUGUGCCGCACGAUGAUCGACAGCGUGCAGUGUUGUCCGUGCGGGCACUGGGGUUGCCAGGCGUAGCCCCCCCCCCAAUCCCCAAAAUCCCCACCACUUUGUUUUAUUGUUUUAUUUUGAGUUAGGAUUUCCUUUGAUUUAGAAAGUUGACAUUUUUGAAGUAACAACCGGGCAAAAAAUAACUGGAAAAAAAAAAAAAAAAAGACUCCCAUGUAGAAUUGGAUCCUUUACCCCAUUGAAUUGCUGUUAGUGUGAUGAGAAUUGAAAUGGGCAUUUAUUAAUAUGGUAUAUGGCUUAAAAAAAAAAAAAACAAA